AGAGUCUUAAAAAGAAAAGAAAAGAAAAAGAAAACCCUGUUUGGAAAGCAAGAAGAGCGACCACUCUAUCUCCUCCUCAUCCUCCUCCGGUCUACUGAACUACCAAUCUGUAUAUUCCAAAAUGCUAAGCUUUCUUCUGCCGGCAGCUCGUUCCGGCACUGCUCCGCCGUUGCUGGCAGCAAUCAAACCCCUACCCCACCGCCCUCUCUCCACCCCCAAUUCACUCUCAUCAUCUACUCUUCCCUGCACACCAUCAUCAUCCCCCUUUUCGCUACACAAUUAUCGAAUUCCAAUCAAACUCUCCGCAGCCGCAGCUCCCAUUGCUAAUUCACCCACUGACGAUUCUGAAAAAGCAAAACUCGCCCAGGUUGCAAAGAGAUUAGAGGCUACUUCAAGGUAUUUCAAGAGAUUGGGUAGCUUAGGAUUUUGGGGACAACUUGUUUGUACAAUUGUAGCUGCAGUCAUCCUUUCCUUUUCUGUUGUCAUCACUGGAAAAAUCACAUCACCCGCUACCUUCUAUGCUACCGCUGGUGGUAUCGUAGCGGGUUUUCUCUCGGUGUUCUGGUCGUUUGGUUAUAUUCGUCUUUCUGACCGGCUUAAGAAAACCGCCAAUGACCCUUCAAAGGCUCCUCCACGUGCUGAUGUUGUAAAGAGCUUAAGAAACGGGAUAGCCGUGAACCUUUUGGGUAUGGGUGCUGCCAUCCUUGGGAUGCAAGCUACCGUAGGACUGCUGGUGGCUAAGGCCCUCACCACUUCGUCUAACCCGUAUUACCAGGGUGUCUCUCCCGGGACUAGCCCUGUCCUUGCAUUGGACGUCUUCUUGGUCCAGGCAAGUGCAAACACGAUCUUGUCACAUUUCUUGGGACUUAUUUUCUCAUUGGAGCUGCUACGCUCGGUGACAGUACCACCUUCAGAUGUGAUCGCGGUUCCUAAGGCAGCAUAAGCAUCUCCAUUUGCAGAUGAAAUAAGGUUUGAUUAGGUUCACGUUUGGCUGAACAAGCCGUGUUUGUUGCUUGAUGCCAGUUGAUGGUAAUUAUAAUUUUUUUUUUUCACAUUUCAAAGUUGAGCUAGGGUUCUAGUGUUUUCUUCUCAUGGGUAUGAUAUUUGUAGUGAAUUCAUAUGAUCUUUUGUUUGAAAUAAGAAAAUCUCAUCUCAGCCAUGAAGCAAACAAAA